UGCUGGCCUUCGAAAUGGGCUUGACUCCUGAGCCUUGAUUACUUCAAUUGUCCCCUCCGAAUAUCAACUUUUUAAUAAAGAAACUCCUGUUCGCGAUGACAUUUGGAGGUGGUUUGGUAGAUGAGGUGAACCAGGUGAUUUCAGAACUGGUUCCUGUGCGGGCUGACUGGCUUGCAAGUUUCAGUUCCUGUGCAGUACAAUAAAGCUACUGGCUUUGUCUGAGGAUAGCAAUGAAACCAGCUCAGGAGCGUAAUCAGGAGUGCCUGCCUCCUAAGAAAAGGGAUCUCCCAAUAAGUAACAGCAGCAGUGGAGCUGGAGGGACAGUGGGAGGUGGGGUUCCAGUUGGAGGGGCUAACAGCGGAGCUGGCAGUGCUGCUGGUGGUAUUGCAGAAGAGGAAGUGGUUUCCAUCCAGAAUUGUGGAUCCAGCAGUGAAACUCAGGGAGGGACCCCCUCUGGAGAGUGGCUGCGAGCUCAGCCAGGGCUUCAUUAUGGAGUGGAUAAUUCUGACAGCAUACCAGCAGUGCCCGUUGACCAGUACAGUAUGCUCUACAAAGUGGCCCUUCCAUCUGCUACCUACUCACCUACCAGUUUACACCCAGUGUUAAGCCACAUUUCUCCAGCCUAUACUGUACACUCUCCCCUCCUGCAGCAUCAUCCUGGCAUUCCCUAUCCCCCUCUUGGUUAUGCACAGAUCCCUCAUUCUUCUCUCCAGUUUGUCAGUUCCCCUUAUGCAGCAGUACCUUACGCGCUCCCCCCUGGUUUUGUCCCAGGAUCAUUAAUCUCUCCCUCAGGGACCAUCCCGCAGCCCCAUGCUGUGUCCCACCUUGUUCCCUACCCAUCUGUCAUACAAGAAGGUGUUGUUUCUCCACCUCCUCAGGCACAGGUGGCUGCUCAUACCUUUGCCAAAGUUGCAGCUUCCAGUGGUGUCUCACUGAUGCUGCCCUCAGAGCAAGCUGCCCAGCAGCACCUUGGUACUGUUGGAGUCCUGCCUGCAACAGAGCUUAGCUCCCGAGGGAUGCCCGUCUUCUGCCACCCUCAGGGAGCAAGGGGUGCCACUGCUGUCAGAGACUGCCACAGUUCCCAGCAGGAGAAUGAAUUGGAGGUGAAUGGAGGGGACAAAGAGCAGGGAGCCAGAGAGGUUGUACCAGACUCGGUCUACACUGCCAGAAAUGCACGUCUACCACAGGUUGCAUCCAGCUCAGCAUCACAGGAGCACAGCCAAGACAAAGUCCUGCAGAACCGAAGACUGGAAGAGAGAAGUUCUCCUGGUCAGCGCAGCACUCCGGACAGUGACCUGGAGGUGCAGCAGGUGGUUGGGCGUUUGGUUUCCUCUAACCAAAGUGUUAUCGGAGCACGGAAAGAAGUCUCCUUUGCUCCCUUGAACCUCUCUCAGGGUGGCCACAGAGCCAGAGAUGUCCACGGAGAGAGUCCAGGUGUAAUUUCCAGCCGAACGGCGUAUGCGGCGCAGAACGCAAGUUACAGUGAUCACAGAGUCACCGCCCUCCAGCAGCAAGCAGGACAGCCGGGCCACGCUGUCAUGCUUGCCAAUGGGCAACCGGUACUUAUUCCCUUGGAGUGUCAUCCGCAUCAGCAACCACAGCAACACUACCCGGGACAGGCUAAUGAUGCCUCAGCCAGCCAUGCCUCUACCACCAUGGCCUCCCCUAGCCCAAGCUUUAAAGCCUCUGAUUCUUCAGCCAGAGUGUGCCUCUCCGAAAGGGUGGAGCCAAUCACAGCUCAGCAGCAGCCUCUCCCGCAGCCUCCAGUCCAGCUUACAGCAGAUGCGACUCAGGCCUUAACUUCAAGCCUUGCUCCCGCACCGGCUCCUUGCAACCCAUCGCACUUCAUGAAGGGGGCAAUUAUUCAGCUGGCUACUGGGGAGCUGAAGCGUGUGGAGGACCUGCAGACUCAGGAUUUUGUACGUAGCGCCGAAGUGAGCGGAGGGCUUAAAAUCGACUCCAGCUUGGUGAUGGACAUCCGCGCCAGCCAGCAGAGACCCGGUCUGGUGUCACUUCAUUUUACUGUGGGGGAGCAGCAGAGCAAAGUGACCAUCGAUGUGCCCCCGGAGCACCCUUUCUUUGUCUUUGGCCAGGGAUGGUCAUCUUGCAGCCCCGAACGCACGGCCCAGCUCUACGGCUUGGCCUGCCAUCAUCUACAAGUUGGUGACAUGUGUGUGUCCAUCACCCUGCAGCAGCAGCCACCGCUUCCUCCACAACAACAGAAGCAACCACAGCACCAUCAUUCACAAACGCAACAACAACAAAACCUGUCCAGGACUAUAAGCAAAGCCAAUGCUACAUCAGGACCUGGUCACCAGCUAAUGGGGCCUCCAGCCCCUCAGCAGUCACGGCCGCCAUCUCAUUUCAGGUUGGACCGCAUUCACAGAGAAAGACAGAAGGAUGGAGAGAAAGAUUUGGCCGAUAAAGAGGAAGCCACACAGCUGGGGGCUGUAGGCCGCACUGAGUCGCCCAUCAGACCAAGUAGGACCUCAGGAGAGCAUCCAAGGAGCCAGAGCAGUUACCACUUGCACACAGAAGGCUCUGCUUUUGCAGAGGCAGGGAUGGGAGCAAUGCAGGCUGCACUAGGUGCCUCACAGAGGCGCUGGUCCUCGCCUGGCCUCCGAAGAUACAGUAUGAAGGGAGACGAAGGGCCACGCCCUCAGAUAAUCAGCUCCAGCCACACAAGGCCUUCUUUCAUCCCACAGGAGGUCAAACUGUCCAUUGAGGGGCGCUCUAAUGCAGGGAAGUAGCAUCACAUUUGGUAGCAACUAUAGAUGAGACUGCCACAAGUAAGAAUGAGUCUGACAAGGAGAGAAAGAGGAAAAAAAGAGUGUGAAUGUACCCUCAGAAUGUUUGAGAUUUUGCACACCUAAAAUAUACAAAAAAAAUGACCAGAUCUUUGUCUGUCUGGUGAGAAGUUUGAUUUUGUUCGAAUGCCACUCAGCCAAAAGAUGCAGACCUUUCGGUCUCCAGCCAGCUGAGUUCAUGGGAGGGGGGGGGGGGGCAUGAAAAGUGGAGUAGAAAGUAUGUAGCUGAAGAAAUGCCUACCAUAGAGUCCUUAUACGCUGCAUUUCUCUUCCUCCCUCCCUCCUCCGUCUCCACUUCCUCUUAACCAUACUUGGAGGUUUCCAUUGCAUUCAAAACACUCUAGUUUCCUUUUUGACCAGACCGUCUCUUCAGAAGAACACAGACUACAGAAAAAGAAUACAUGUGUAUCGCAGUGAAACUACCAACUCUGCAGGUCGUGAUCUAUUAGAAAGAUCACCGCCAGGGAUCUUUAAUCUGCUUCACUGCUAAGAUCCUAUUUCUAUGAAAAGCACCCCCCCCCCCCCCCCCAAAAAAAAAAAAAAAAUAGAGUAGAGUUGCUGAUAUCAGCAGCUCCUUUGGUGAUGUUGGCACUGUUGAUGCUGUCAGUGUAUGUUACAUUAUUCUUCUCCUGCAGGAGUCUGAAACUUCUGCUGUCAGCAGAGAUACUCUCUCCCCUCUCUCAUUUCUGCAAAGAUCUCGUCUCAGGCCAAGUGUGGUAUGUCCCACUUGUCUUACACUGAAAUAGUGAUAAAUCAAUCAGCUUGUUUGUUCAGCAAUCAAUUUCUCCUUCUCCAAAAGCCAUUCACCAUCAUGCUCUCAGAUUUAGGUUGAUGGCUCCAACGUAGAUUUACAGAAAUAAUAAGUGAUGUCACGCAUUCCACUAUUAACUUUCCCCCAUGUAGGGAAUCAUUUUACUUCUCUCUUCACUUCCUCAUCACCCAAACUGGUCGAGACAGAUGGCCACGCCCCUCAGCUGGGUUUUGUCAGGCUUCUUCUCACUACUGUCACCAAGUCCUUGCUCAUAGGAAUUUGUUGCACGACCUUUUACAUUAGUUAAAUGAUUUAAUUUCCCUUCCAAAGUCAUGGCCUCCUCUCCUCAGUUUACCUCAGAGCUUUCACAACCAGACUGGGGAAUUUAGUUUUCUCUUGUGAACUUUGUAAUUAAGGAGGAGGCACCGGCUGGUCAUCACUAAAGCCACCUGUGGGAAUGCGCCAGCAAGGUGUUUCCCUUUUUACUUUGCUGGCUGCACUGCCACCUACAGCCCAGGAGCCCGGAGUUGGAGGGUGUAGUAGUUUUUUCUGUAUAUGAGUGGAGCCGUGAUGUUCUAAACUUGACUUGCUCAGUAACCAGAUUAAAGCAAUAGUUAUUUUUAUGCUAUGUGGCUUUACUGAUCCGUAUUGCCCUCUCCCAGGAACUUCUUGUGGGGCGUGGUAAAUCUCGAUAAAUGUGCAGUGUGAGAUCUCACCCUCUCAUCCCUUGACUCCCAAAGGCGAUGCACUCUUUUUAGUGCUCAUUUUCAUUAAUUUAGCAAUCCUGCACAAACAAAGCCUUUGGAUAUUUUCUCAAGAAGUCAUUGUCCGAACCUGGAUUUCUCACUUCACUGAUGUUUUUUUAAUUUUUUUAAUGGAUUUACUGAAGUGCACAUCCAAGAGAUGCCCGGCUCUAAUGAAAUCACAAUCAUCAUCAACUUUUUUUUUAACCUUUAAAGUGUACGUUUUGCAUUGAUACUAGGGUGUCCUUUAUCCAGUGGUUCCUAAGAUUGUCUUGUGUUGCACAUAGCAGAUGUCACAUUUAUUUCAUACUGACCUUUAAAUAGGAAUCACAGUACAGUAGUUUAUUUUUUUAAUGAAGGGAAUAGGUUUAAAGUAUCGUUGUUGGGGUUUUGUGGCGAGAGGAAAAAAAAAACUGACUUGCGUUUCUAAAUCUGUUUACAAAUUAGCCGACAUAAAUGCUGCAGUUUCUUCCUUUGUCUUUCUUACAGGAGAAAAAAAAAGAAUCCAAAAAGAGUGUAAUUAAAAAUAAGUGCAAUUAGACCAUACAUAAAAUCGUAAUCAGACGACAUUCCUCAUUCAGACAUUCCCAUCAGAAAGUACUUCUUUUGCCAUAGAUAUCUGGACUUACCUUUGGCAAGUUACUUAGGAAUAUUUCAUGUAUCUUUUAAUUCGACGUGUUCAGACAGCAGCAUCAGUUGUGUGGUUGUUAUUGUCAUGUCUGGCUGAAGUGUCUGUGCUGUUAUGGACUAGUUUGUUUGUGAGGUCCAGACACUGUUGUGUGUUUCCCUUAUAUCCUCGUGAUUCACUGAACUUCUAUCAGCAGAUAGAAGGGGUCAUGAGAUUGAGCCUGAGCAGUUUUAAAGGAUGGGUUCACAUUUUUCUUUCUCUCAUGCACACAUAUUACUUAUUCCUCCUAUCCAUUCUUGCUUGUAUAAAGAUUCCCUCAAAGCUACAGCGGUCUUUCAAUGCAGUGUUGUGUAACAGUAAUAUUGAGCUUCAGGAGUCAUAUGGCAAAGUCGCACAUUAAAAUCACUUUUAGAAGUUUAAAAUGUAACAGUCGUGCCAUAUCUAUAAAAAUAAUAAUUUAGUUUAUUGCGUGUGCAGUUUCUUUCCGAAAAGUAUUAACAAUUGUAGGGAUGUGGAAAACAAAACCUGUAACUAUAACUGUUAGACAGUUAUUUGAUAUUAUCAAGUGUGUAUUAAUAAUAUGUCAGUAUUUCUUUUCUUUCUUUAAAAAAAAAAAAAAGGUUAUCCUAACACCCGCAUAUCAUGCUUGUUGGAGAUACACAUUAUGAUUUGUGAAAGUCAGACUCCUGAAGACGUCAAGUUGUGGAGAAGGACCGAAAGAGUGAGACUGUGGGUACACGCAGUAGAGAUGAGCUUCUUCUAAAGAGUGCUGGGGCUCAGCCUUUAGAGACAGGGUGAGGAGUUUGGUUUUUUAGAAAGGGCACAGAGUAGAGCUGCUACUCAUCGACGCUGAAAGGACGAAGUUCAGGUUGUUCGGACAUGUGGUCAAGAUGUCUCCUGCAUUCUUGGUAAGGUCCAGGUGUGUCCUACUCGGAAAACCCUUACUGUCCUUCCAGAAGAGCUGGCCAGGGAGAGCCAAGUCUGGAUGUCUCUGUUUUGCCUGCUGCCCUCACAUCCCACUUAAGUGUCAGUGUAGGCCUGAAAUGAAUCUUUUUACAGCCGGUGUGGACAGGAGGAAAGAUUUCAACUAAUAACUCUGUCAGACUUGAUAUGGACAGGUUAGUCAAACUAGCAAACAUGUGAACCCAGACUUUUUUUUUUCUUUUUUUUUUUAUAUCUGAUCAUCUGAUUGGAGUUUUUCAUCCUGUAAGCAAUAUACACAAUACCUGAAAACAUUUCACGUAGUCUUCUCUAUGCAGUAACCUCAGUAUUGUACCCUUCAUUGUCUUAAGUACGGCUCUCUGAAGCAGCGGGGCAGGUCGGCGGAUGCAGUCGUUUUACGCUAAUUUUUGCUUUAAAUGACUCUUCUAAUAGGAAUCUAAGCAGUGUUUUGCUUUACCACUUUGUAUUUUAUGCUCAGUGAUUCUCAUCGAUGUUUAUUGUCCUGCGACGCCACACACUUUGCCAAAUAGCAAUGCAUUCGUCCUGCGUUACCAUGGCACGAUUGCUGCUUCAGCAUUAUGUGUAAGGUCAGAAUUCAAUUGACGACAUUUAAAUGGUGCGAGCAGUGCCACCUGUGACUUUUCUUUUCCCCCUCUGCUUUUGGGAAGUAUCCACUCAAAUAAAGAUGUCUAAUGAUCCACAUCACUGAUCGUCUGUUGCUGUAAGUAAUUGCACUAAAUGUCCUCCAUUACAGUGUUUGAAAUCUGUUGGUAGUUUGAAGAGUUUCAAAAUGUAAAGCACACAAAAAAAUCACGGAGAAAUCACAGGUUGUGCGUUUCUGUAGAUAGCUGUAUUUUUUGUAUAGAUAGCUUCGAUGAUGCUUGUCGUUAAUGCCUUAAAUUCUGCUUUGUACAAUGUGUGAAAUUUAAACGAUGCUCCAGGUAGGCUCAGCGUCCCCGUUUCAGGUUGAAUAAGAGUGAAUCAGAAAUGACAAACAUUCAUAUUUAGAUGUCUCAAAGGUUGACUGUGGGCUUUCUUUGGGACAUGAACGUUUUGGUUUGGUUUAAUUUUUCUUUUUAAACUCAUUUCCUAUUCCGUUUUUAGUUUUUAAUAGAUUCUUUAGGCUCAUAUUUAACAUUUAGAUCCUUUAUCAUUUUUUUCCCAAUAUGUGGGAAUGGAAAGGAGGCUUUUCUCUGCACUUUUUUUGUACACAAGACAGCAAAAGGAGGGCAAUCUAUUAAUUCCUCACAUGCAUAGACAGAUGCACAGUUGUUUUUAUUGUUGUUGCACAGAAUUUGUAGGGUUUUUUUUCUUUCCUCCUUAGGAAUUAAUGGGUGGUGUUUGGUGUUUUGUGCUCUGACAGUCUGAACAGCAGAGGCGGGUUUGGAUAAGUGAGAAAGGCUGCAUAAAGCCAAAACUUUUCUAUCGGUGGUAAUGUGACUAUUUUUUUUUCUUCAAUGUUUUGUGGCGUUGCUUGAUGGGAUUUCUAUGUGAACUACUUCCUGUUGAUCCAGUAUUGAACUGCAAAGGUGAAUUUAGGACGGUUUUGGUGUCGCUGAUGUCGAAUUAAAUCAGGAGAAAUGAGAACGGUUAAAAGUUUUAAAAAGUCUGUGUAUUUUCAGAUAUGACUUUGUACUAUUUUUUUUUCCUUCUGCACACGGUGACACUGCUUUUUAUGUGACGCAUAACUAAAAACAAAACAAAAAACAGCAUCUUUUUUAAAUGCCUAAAUCUGCAAAAUAUAUGCAAUUAUGUAAAUGUAACAUUCAAUCCUCAAGUAUAAUCCAGGUUGUAUGAACUUUGUAUAGUGAGUUUUAAUAUCGUAUGGCCGUACCAAUAUGUAUUGAUCUUAAUCAGAAGCCUUAGAGUUGUCGACCCAAAGUGCUCCCUUAGAAUACCCUACACCUACCUGACUUUAACAAAGCAUUACUAUCUCUAUUUUGUUGCGUUUUUAUUUGUAUCCUUUUUGAAUAAAAUAGAUUUGUACUGUAUAUUUGUACCUCUCUGUGAACUACUUAGAGCGGUUUUUGGUUUGUUUUUUUUUUGUUUUGAUUUGUUUUGCUGU